AUGACGAAAGCUAAUUCAGAAUACGAUGAGGACGUUAUGAAAUCGCUGUAUGGAUGGGGAUUUGUAAUGAAAAGGAAGGCUUUUUUCAGAGCCACCAGUUCGUUAAAGGACAAGGAAGUGACCCCCGAAAACAUACCUGGAGAGCUGGCGCAGCUCUUCGAUGGUAGGACGUUUGCGCACGAGCAGGACCAAGAGUUGCAUGUUAACCAUUCAGAAAGAACCAGUGGGAUGGCCUGCACGAAUGGCUUGUACGCCAUCGUAGCUGAUGGCGUGCACACGAAGUAG